CGGAGCGCUGCGGCGAGGCCGAGUGUCCACGCCGAGCUCCCGUCCGUCACACCCUCGUUCUCCACGCUGCGCAUUUUAAAGUGCUGCCCUUCCUAACGGUUAAGUCACGUUUUUAGUGGAGGUGAAGUCGGGCUGCCCGCCAUGUUUUGCUGGAAGACGCCAUCCCGACGAGGUGUGCGCCGGCCGCUCCGGGGCCGUCCGGGGAGCGUUCGCCGCUUCGGGCGUCGUCGCACUCGCCUGCCUUCCCUCAGCCGCACCAGAUGCGUGCGGUUAACCCGGCCCAGUGAUAACAGCCGUUUAUUGCCUUUUAAACACAAAGGCCUCUAGUGUCCGGACAUCCCAAGGGAGGGACCUGCCCCAGCGGGGAAGCCGUGCGAGGUGUGUUGGGGGGGGGCGAGCUCCACGCCCCGUGGCGGCCGCUCGUCUCCUUCCGCGAGGUCCCACCCCGUGUUCCGUGGUCUUUCUGUGACCUCGGGUGAAGUUUAAAGGUGGACAUUGUGCAGAGUUGAUAAUGGCCCCAGCAGAGCCAGCGACUCGGCCGGAACGUUCUGCCUAAAUCUGCUGCGUCGUGUUUCAGUCGUUAGACUCCGAGGUUGUAGCAGGAGAGCUCCGCGGUCGUUUCCGUGGGGCUUCUUCGUUAAGAGGAGUGUUAAUGUCGCACGGAGGUGAGAAGUCCAGCCUUCUUCCCUGCAGCAGCGGCUUGUUUACCCACCAAGUCGUAAUUUACUGUGCACGCUUUACCGCCGCACAUGCUCCAACUAAAUUUUUAUAAAGUGUAAUGUGAUAGCUGUGUUUAUAGUUGUUUUCCUGGCAAAGUGACAGUAAGCAAUGCUGGACUGCUUACCACACUCUUGUGUUUUACACGUGAUUUCGCUUAAUCUUCUCAACAAUUCUUUAGUGAUUACAGAUUGUGGGGCCGCGGUGUCACAGUCCCGGGUUCAGGUCCUCGCUUUGUCGCUCACUGACUGUGUGGUAAUGGGCAAAUGUCUGAACUUCUCUAAGCCUCAAGCUUCUAAUCUGAAAAUAAGAAUAAAAUAAUACCCACCUUACAGAGAUGUUGUGAGAAUUAAAUGAGGUAACGCGUGUCAAACGUUUAGCGCAGUGAGCGGCACACGCCAAGUGUUCAGUGUGAGGCUGCAGCGCAGGCCCGCCCGCCUGUCCUGAGCUGCUGCUGGAUGUUGCUGUUGGACUGUCGUCACGUGGGCCCGUGGACGCCCAAAGCACCGCUCCCGCUGUGCGGGUCUCUGACGCAGCAGCACACCCCUAACUCGACGUGCAGAGAAGAACUUGUUCGGAUGCCGGCAGAGUAGCUGCUGUCUCCUUACUCUCCCACCGCGCCAGACAUUCCAGUGUGAGUGCUGGUAUGAUGUGUUCUUCAUGUUGCUGGAGUCCAUGUAAAAAACGCAUGGAAGGAUUUUGCCUUAUGAGCACACAUGGUAGUGAUUAUAUUGUUGAAGAUCAAUGGAUUAACCUUGUUUCAAGUUUUAUUAGAUUAUAGUAAUGUACAUUCAUGUACACUUAUAAUCUGCCACUUGAUAGCAUGCUCAUACACUCAAGUGUAAAUAUUAAAGUGAUCAGUUUAUGAGAACCCCUCAAAAUUACAUAUACUAUAUAUCUCUUUGUUAGAAUUUUUAACUUUUCAGCAAAUACCAAUAAGUGCUAUUGAACAAGUGAAUUUUGUAACAUAUCAAGGAAUUACCAGUAAGAAAAUAUGUUUUUGUGUUGGGAGGGUUGCUUUUUUAAUAGAAUAAUUUAAAUUGAUUAUAAUUAAUUUAUGCAAGUAGUUUGCCUUGAUCUAUUUUAAAAAAUUGAGGUAGCAUAUAAAAACCAUAUGAUAAAAAGUAUGUAAGCAGAACAAAAAUUUGAGGUGGCAUGUAACAACACUAUGAUAAAAACUAUGUCAAUACAAGCAAAAUAAAAAAUCAGGAAAAAAGACUACCACAAAUAGAUUUAUUAUAAACUCAGCAUAGCUUUUAUAAUUAACUUUCAGAUUUUGUUUUGAGUUCCAUAGUAGUCAAAAUGGUGUAUAGGAUCUUAUUUCUUGGCAAGAGGAGGUAUGUCAGUUACCCAAAAAAAGCUUAGCAUUUCUUAGCACUGAAUUCUAAAAGCACUUUCUCAUGUGAGUUACUGUCACAACAUUUUAGUAGCAAGUUCAAUAACAUUUCCCAGGACUGCCUCUGGUGGUGUCAUUAAGUUAGUUGUUUUUAUAUAGAAAUAAGAGUGUGAUAAGUAAUUGUAUGUUUUACUUUUACAGGAAUCUUGGGAAACCAAAAUGAGGCAUAAUCAGCUGUAUUGUGAGACACCACCUACUGUUACUGUUCAUGUAAAAUCUGGGUCAAGUAGAUCACAUCAGCCUAAAAAACCUAUUAAUCUGAAGCGUCCUAUUUUUAAAGAUAGUAGGCCAGCAUCUGAAAAAAAUGUGCAGAAUAGCAACAAGUCUAAACGCCCCAAAGGACCCUGUCUGGUUAUACAGCGUCAGGAAAUGACUGCUUUCUUUAAAUUAUUUGAUGACGAUUUGAUUCAAGAUUUCUUAUGGAUGGACUGCUGCUGUAAAAUUGCAGACAAGUAUCUUUUGGCUAUGACCUUUGUUUAUUUCAAGAGGGCUAAAUUUACUAUAAAUGAGCAUACAAGGAUAAAUUUCUUCAUUGCUCUGUACCUGGCUAAUACAGUAGAAGAAGAUGAAGAAGAAUCCAAAUAUGAAAUAUUUCCCUGGGCAUUAGGGAAAAACUGGAGAAAAUUGUUCCCUAAUUUCUUAAAGUUAAGAGACCAACUCUGGGAUAGAAUUGACUAUAGGGCUAUUGUAAGCAGGCGAUGCUGUGAGGAGGUUAUGGCCAUUGCUCCAACCCAUUAUAUAUGGCAACGAGAACGCUCUGUUCAUCACAGUGGAGCUGUUAGAAACUACAACAGAGAUGAAAUUCAACUGCCCCGGGGACCUAGUGCCACACCAGUAGAUUGCUCACUCUGUGGUAAAAAAGGAAGAUAUGUUAGACUGGGAUUGUCUUCGUCAUCAUCUUCAUCCAAUGAUACAGUACAGUAGCCAAUGACCAUCAAUCAAACAAAGAAAAGAAAACUAAUUUCAUGAAG